AUGGCCGCAUGUGAAGCCGAGCGAAGAUGCAAGUACUUCUCCUUUGCACAGGGACAUACCUGCAGUCGCUUUGACACGGACAACUGCGCACAAAACUCGGAGCCCUCCCAUGCCACCUACGAGCGAGUGUUGGUGCCGCCAGCAUGCUGCGAGAACGGUGACUUCGUGCACACGAGCGACGCGUGCAGCAGCGGUGAUGUGUACAUGAAGAGCACACCUCACGUCUGGCUCCCAAGAGGCAACAAGGAAGUGAGGCUGACGCCGAAGCCCGCGGGUACCGGUGAAGUGCGUUGGGAUUGCGGGCGGAGGCGCAGCGGCCACGAGCGCACGGGCUUCAGCCCCCCUGCAACAAAUGCCAGAAUCCACUACGACGGGAACAGAAUUGACUUCUACCCCAAAUAUUGUGCCCCACCAAUGCCCCGGGUGCGGGAGUCUCCCAAAGAUCGUGGUUGCUGCUCUAUCGCAGACGGCACAGUGGAUCGGUGUAGCUCAGCAAACUUUAUCCAGAUCAAGGUGGGAGAUGCAGAAGAUACAUGGAAGAAGUGCUACAAGAACCAGAUCUGUGAGUGGGAAUUCCCGACGCCGCAGACCCAAGGAAAAGCACUGACCUGGUAUUGCGGCAAUACGGAAGAGAAGGUGCGAUGGGGUCUUUACUUCGACACACUCCAGAUCAAGUUCCACUGUGACGGCAAAGUGGAGUGGAACCCUUGGUGGUGUGGUUUGGCCACCGGCAGCAAGGCGCCACCGUCUGUGGUCACGCAGUUUGCCGGCGUGGUUGGCGUCAGUACUGCUGGAGACUUGAUCAAUGGGAAGGACUCGCAGCCCCUAUCGGUCCAGGAGAUGAAUACCAAGGCCGACAACUUCGUAUACCAGAAUAAGAAAGCCAUUUGCGAGGGCAUGUCCGCUGCAGCUGUCUACGACCAGCUGCUGAAGCCUUCGAGUGUGUGCUGGCGAGCUGGCAUGACGGCCCGGUCUUCCUUGUUUCCGCACCACUCCGAUUAUGGCUCGAAGACAUCCUUGGCAGAGGAGGGCACGCAGUUUGAGCGGGGAGAGCGGGAGUCAAGCCCAUGCGUGGCUUUCGUGGAGCAGCUCCGCAGCAACGCCACACUACUGCAGCUGGCAGCAUCUGGCAACGCAAGUGAGCAGGAUCUCUACGACCCCUUCCAGAUCUACUGCCAGGCAAGCGGAGGGACCGACUGCAGCAAGAUCGGCAAGGAGCGUUGCACCUGCUAUUGUGUGGACCCCGGAACCUGCACCACCGUCAUGGCCGGCAAGUACGCCAAAGCUGCGCUCGCCAUCAUUGAGAUGGCCCUGGACAUCGUUUCCGUGGUCUUCAGCGGGGGCACUUCCGUCGUGGCGAAGGCAGGCGCGAAGGCAGCAGCGAAGGCUUCCCUAAAAGCCGCAGCGAGGAAGGCGAAAUCGGCCGGCAAGUCCCUCAUGACAAAAGCUGCGUCGGAUUCAGCCAAGACCUACGUCAAGACGUCGGCCAAGCAAAGUAUGAAAGGCCGUCUGAAGAGGCAGGUGGCCAAGGACUUCUCCGAUGAUUGGGCCACCAAAACAACGAAGCAGAAGUUCAAGGAGACUGUGAAGGAGAAGGUUAACGAUGCCAUCGAGACGGCACUCACCCGGGCCGCCUGCCAGCAGUAUAUCGAGGAUGUCUUCGGCGACGUGAUCACGGACCCUGCCUGGGUGUCUAGCCCCGAUUUCCGAUGGGGCGAUGGACAAAGUGUGACGGGCUUUUUGGAGGUCAUCGACAUCACAGGCGUUGUGGGUCUUGUGGGGAUCUUCCACGAAGCGGACUGCCCCGCUCCCGUCCCCGGCGCACCCAAUGGGGAAAGCUGCCCUCGCUGA